AUGCCUUCCGAGAUCUCUGACACACUCACUAAUCGUGCAGCACUCGCAGUGCGCCAGCACGCUUCGAAGCGUGACCAGGAUCUUCUCCUGGCUGUCCUCCGAUGUGCCCCCAAUGAGGAAGGUAGAGUGAAUGUGGCUAGCAAAAUCAUCCAUUGCGGGGAUGCGUACAAGGAGGCCAGGAGACUGGACAGCUGCCAUUUCGCCCAGCUGGCCGACUUUUUCUGGCGCAAUAUCAUUGUCCCUGUGCGCGUCUCGGGAGGCAGGACACCCCAGCCUCGAAGCAGGAUGUCUCACAGCGGCAUCGCCUCCGCGGACGCUUCACACUCACCCGGGAUGGAGGCAGUCAAUGCUCUGCAAGGGGUUAUAAAGGCCACACUCGAACGAGAUCGCUACAGAUGCGUCGUUACAGGGAAAGUCGACCCAGAGACUGUCGCAAAUGGACCAGGAUCGCUCACCGGGACAGGGUAUGAAGUUACACGCGUAGCGCACAUCAUCCCCUUCUCCCUCCGCAACAGCGUUGGCUACUCUUCGGGCUGCGACUCCGCGUCCGCCGCCCACAUCCCCUCCAUCUGGUGCGCGCUGGAGUGCUUUGGGGGCAUCAGCCUUGCCAAGCUCAUGCACAACGGGAUCAACUCACUCGACAACGUCAUAACUCUUUCUGCGACCCUCCACCGAUAUUUCACGGAGCUCCAGGUCGCGCUGGAACCCGUUCCGGACGCAGCCAACACGUACAAGGUCCUCACCUGGGGGAAGGUCGCCCCGCGUCUCGGUCUGCCCAAGACCGUGAAGCUCUUCACCUCGACGGACGCCCCGCUUCCGAACCCGAUGUAUCUGGCGCUACAUGCUGCGAUUUGCCAGCUGGUUUGGGCGUCGGCGCGCGCGGAAGAACUCACGGACGUACUAACGGACCUCGAAGAUAUAACGCUCCUUGCUGAGGAUGGAAGCUCUGCCAACUUAAUCAACAUCGCAAUCUACAGAUCGCUUACGGUAGCAGACGCAUGA